AUGGCGACGGCGGAGCGUCGGAAAAUUGUUGUGCUCGGUGGCUCCUACGCAGGCGUGUCUGCUGCCCACUACCUUCUCAAACACGUGGUACCCAAGCUACCAGAUCCAGAAGGAUAUCAGGUCAUUUUGAUUAGCGCGUCCUCGCACACCUUAUGCAGGUCUGCUUGUCCCCGUGCGCUGAUAUCGGACGAGUUCUUUGACCAGGAGAAACUUUUCGUCAGUAUCUCUAAAGUAUUCGAUCAGUAUCAGGACGACCGGACUCGCAACUUUCGCUUCAUCCACGGCACUGUAACCCAGCUAGAUCAUACUAGCCGGAAUGUUACCGUUAGUUUCACCGCGAACGACACUAUAGACACGAUCGAUUUUCACACGCUUGUGAUCGCGACGGGUUCAUCAACUCCCUCUCCCCUCCUUGGUCUGAAUCGCGACAUCGGGGACUUACGGGAAAAUUGGACUGCGUUCCGAAAAGCCCUGCCAACUGCCAAGAGUAUCAUCAUCUCUGGCGGCGGUCCGGCCGGAGUAGAGACAGCUGGUGAACUUGGCGAGUAUUUGAACGGCCGCGCUUGGUGGUUUCGCUCCAAGUUGGCAAACCCUAGGGUACCGAUCACGGUCGUCACGUCUGGGCCACAGAUCCUCCCACUCUUGCGUCCUAGUCUCGCCAGUCUGGCAGAGCAGUACCUUGCCCAAGUAGGUGUGACCGUCAUCAAGAGCGCGCGAGUCCAAAAUGUGGCACCUAGUGCCGACAGCAAAGAUGCAUUGACCGCUAAGACGACAGUGACCCUUGAGGAUGGGCAAAUACUUGGAGCCGACCUGUACAUUCCGGCAACUGGCACACGAGCGAACGCUGGAUUCAUUGACCGAUCUCUCCUGACACCUGAUGGCCGUGUUGACACCAAUCCCUCGACUCUACGGGUUGAUAAAGCCGGACCCCGUGUUUACGCGAUCGGUGAUGUUUCAUCAUGGGCACGGCCGACUGUUCACUUCAUCGUCGAAGCUAUCCCGGUCCUCUGCGCGAAUAUGAAGCGCGACUUACUCCUUGCCGCUGGUGAGGAUGAGGGCUCUGUGGGUGAGGAUCGCUUGUUCAAGGAAGAUACUCGCGAGACCCAAUUAGUCCCGAUUGGCAAGAGCAAAGGUGUCGGGGCGGCUAUGGGGUAUCGAUUGCCGAGUUUCCUGGUAUGGUUAAUGAAGGGACGAGAUUACUGGUUGUGGACAACUGAGAAGCUGUGGAGUGGGAGGCAGUGGAGUAAGGAGCUGUGA